AUGGACCCGAAAGUAACCAUCGUCGAAGUUGGCCCGCGCGACGGGCUGCAAAACAUAAAAAAUCAGGUACCUACAGAGGUAAAAACCGAGCUCAUACGAAGGCUCUACGAAUCUGGUCUGCGGACCAUAGAAGUCACGUCGGUGGUCUCCCCCAAGGCUGUCCCACAGCUGAAAGACUGCCAUGAGGUCCUUCAAAGCACAACCAUCAAGCAACUGGCCCAGGCCUAUUCCGUUCGGCUACCAGUCUUGGUCCCAAACAUCAAAGGUGUUAAGAUUGCACAUGGUUAUGGUGCCUCCGAGGUGGCAGUCUUUCUCAGCGCUACUGAAGGUUUCAGCAGAGCCAACAUCAACUGCACCGUAGACCAAGGGAUCUCAAGAGCUCGAGAGGUCACCUCAGAAGCCAAGAAGCUCGGCAUGAUGGUCAGAGGAUACGUUUCCUGCAUAUUCGCUGAUCCUUUCGACGGACCAACCCCAGAAUCUGCCGUUUUGAGAGUUGUGAAAGAGCUGUUGAGCAUGGGCUGUUACCAAGUCAGUCUUGGCGACACGCUCGGAGUUGGAUCACCAUCCGAUGUUCGCAAACUUAUCCAGACCCUCGACAGGAAUGGCAUCCCCCUCCGUCAGUUGGCCGGUCAUUUCCACGACACCUACGGCCAAGCGCUUGCAAACGUUUGGGAAGCAUAUCAAUGCGGUAUCCGAGUAUUCGAUAGCAGUGUCGCUGGCCUCGGGGGGUGUCCCUUUGCGCCAGGAGCUACGGGGAACGUUGCGACUGAAGAUUUGGUUUACAUGUUUAAUCGUGCCCACGUCGCGACUGAUGUUGACUUGCAAAAACUAGUCGCAACAGGGCGAUGGAUAAGCAGCAAACUGGGGAUUCCUUCAGCAAGCCGUGCUUCGGGAGCUAUAUCAGCCAAAAGUCAAAAGGCCGAAGCUUCACGACCCGGUCAUGCCACCAAUAAUCGUGCGAUCGACUUGGAGUGGAAAGAGGCAUCAAAGUCGGAAGGGUUAAUAACACACCGAUCUGGUGCCAGCCUCAGAAUCACCAUGAACCGUCCCAGAAAUGGCAACGCAUUAACCACGAAGAUGAUUGAGGACCUAGUCUCAAUCUUCUCCUCAUCAGCCAAUGACUCGACAAUCAGUCGAAUUGCUAUUAUCGGGAGUGGUAAAUUCUUUUGCACCGGCAUGGAUCUCGGGAAAAGCACCACCCCGGUCGGCACUGACGAAACCUCGGCCAAGGAGCAGUACGAAAGACUUCACCGUCUUUUCGAGACGAUUGACCAGUCCCCCAAAGUUACUAUAGCCUGUCUGAAUGGCCCUGCUUUCGGCGGGGGCGUAGGGCUAGCAUUCGCAUGUGACCUGCGCCUUGCCACAAAAGAUGCCAGUGUUAUGUUGAGCGAGGCAAGGCUGGGACUCAGUCCCGCGACCAUUUCCAAGUAUGUGGUUCGAGAAUUUGGCGUGCCGUUUGCUAGAGAGGCCAUGCUGUCUGCUCGACGCAUCCCUGCCAAUGAGUUGGAGACCAGGGGUAUCAUCAAGGCCGUUGCAAGCGACGUAGCUCAGUUACAGUCAGCCCUGGACAACCUUGUCACAGAACUGAGAUUUGUUUCGUCGGAUGCCCUGAAGAUGUGCAAAGAGCUGGUUCGUGUGAGCUGGAGCCAUGGGGGACAAGAGACUCAGGAGAGGGCCAUCAAGCACAUAUUCGAGCAAAUGAUGAAGCCUGAUAGCGCAGGGUCUUAUGGGGUGAAAGAAUUUCAAGCUGGACGAAAGGUAGACUGGGACUUGUACCAACGUGGUAAAGUCCAAAGCAAGCUAUAG